GCAGCAGUUAAUGUUACACACUGAAGUCCAGUUACAAGAAAAGCAACGUGAUUGAGUCAUGCUUGGGAACUUCAAUUCACAAUUUUAAUAUAUUUCACCCAUUCCUCCGACUUUAUCGACCGUGACUGGACACAAUGACGUCCUCAGAUCCAGAGCAGGGACAUGAGAGCUUGUACUUGGAACUAAACACUCAGCAGCGGCUUCCACUCCACACUUCCAUAACUUUAUUUCUGUUAUCGUACUGCGAUUGUCGGUCCUUCCGCGUUUUUUUAGUUUCCACACAGGCAGACAGCGGGCAGCCCAGGAAGGGGCUUAUACCAGAGGGACUAGGAGCCACAGAGAUUCAGGUGCAGGACCUACCUGCGCUGGUGAGGAGCUGUCGCCUACCUGCAGUGCUGGACAGAGAGAGCAGGUUUUGUAGAGCUGGGUUGGCGGUGGUGCUGCGACACAUUAUCGCCCGCACCUGCGAACGCGAGCCCGCUCGGAAGGAUGUGGCAGCUCUGCUCGGGUUUAAGAAGACCUGUCUGAAGGCCUGUGCUGAGGUUAGCCAGUGGACCAGGCUGUGCGAGCUCAGUAUUCCCUCUGCUGUGCAAGAGUUUCUGAGGCAGCCGGGUGAUGGGGUCACCCAGGUGCCUGGUGCCAUCCUUCUUCUGGAGAAGAAGCUGGCGGAGCCCGUUAAGGUGCACAACGAUGACAAGAUCCGUCGGCAGAAGCUGCAGCUGCAGCAGAAGAAAAGCUCAUACGCCCAGGAGGCUCCGGCAGCUGACGGUUUAGAACUCAGCACUGCCUUGGCCAACUUGUCGGAACUUCAGUCUUUGACCACCAGGGGGCCCUCUGACAUUAGGAAAGUGAAGACCACAGAGCUGCCCCCGUUGGAGCACGUCUUUGCAGAGGGAUUGUACUUCACACUCACAGAUGUGGUUUUGCUGCCCUGUGUGCACAGCUACUUGCAGCAGGUCUGCAGUAAGCCUGUGCAGCUGCCUCUCCUGUGCCGCUGGUACCUUCGUGUCCAGGAAGUGCCCGGGGUGUGCAGGGCUGCAGCGGACUGUGGAAUAGCUUUCCUCAGCCCCCAGGCGCUAGCGGCCGGCCUGCAGGAGGGGGCAGCGGUGCCUGCUGGAGAGGAACCGGAGUCGGGGUCGGGGCCGGAUCAAGAGAGCGGGGAGAAGCCACAGGUGGCCUUCACUGGAGGCCCGAGGCCCACCAUGACUAAACUGAAAGAGAGUGGCAUCACUGCAGUCUUCUCUCCUCACCCCUGCCCAUAUUGGGCCCUUGACUGGGACAGCCUGCCAGCAGCGGUCAAUCCUACCGAAGGGAAAAUGUCAGAUGUCAGGGCAGUGAGAAAACGGCAACAGUUGAACAACUUGGUUGCCAUGGUGACGAGGCUGGCCCGCUCCGGAGACACAGUGGUGGACUUCUGCAGCGGCGGGGGGCAUGUUGGGAUUGCUCUCGCACACACCCUGCCAGACUGCCAGGUGGUUCUGAUCGAAAACAAGGAGCAGUCUCUGGUUCGGGCCGAGAGUCGUUGUACAGAACUGGGCCUGAGGAACGUGGGCUUCGUUCAGGCCAACCUGGACUACUUCACUGGACCCUUUCAGAUAGGCGUGGCCCUGCACGCGUGCGGAGUGGCGACGGACAUGGUGAUGGACCACUGCGUUCGCGCGGGAGCAGCCUUCGUGGUCAGCCCCUGCUGCUACGGAUUCAUCCAGAACACGCUCAAGUUCACCUUCCCCCGGAGCCAGAAGUUCUUGGACACGCUCAGUUAUAAGGAGCACAUGAUUCUCUGCCGGUUUGCCGACCAGACAGCCGUCCAGUUGCCACCUGAUCGACGAUUGAUAGGGAAGCAGUGCAUGGGCCUAGUGGACCUCGAUCGAUCCUGGACAGCGGAGGCUCAUGGGUACUCUGUUCAGGUGAUGACCAUGGAGCCUGACAGCUGCUCCCCCAAGAACAACAUGCUGGUGGGCGUGCCAGCAGGCCAAAACUUCAAUUGAUCCUCACAAUCCAGAAGCCCCUAUGGUGAGACCAUUCCUGGUAAUGCACUGAGAGUCGGAGUUUGAGCAAAAACGAUUGCCUGUCUGAUACGGUUCUUCAAGCUGGUCUGUCAUGAAUGUGGAAAGACAUGCCAGUGAAUUCUGUAUUGUCCAAGCUCCUCUCCCAGAAGUGAACAUGAAGCUGAAAUGACAUCAGAUCCCUAAAAUCACAUGAAUGGAAAAAACGAUUGAUUUGUUAUUAUUAUUGCGCUUUUUUUAAAUCUUAGAACUACUUUUCAUUUUAUUUUUCAGCUCAAUGUAUACUCAAAUGGACAUUAUUAUUGUUAUUAUCAUGUUGUAUGUAUUAAAAUUAUUCUGAGACAUACUAUUAUUAUUAUGCUAUCUGAUGUAAAUGUAAUGUGAGUGGCCUCCGUGCACCCUCGUGCUGAAACCAUAGACAGGUGCUGAGGGCCUUCAUGGUCCAGUGAGCACCUAUAGUCCCAGAUCUCUGUCCUGGUCCUCCUGGUAUUGCAAGGCCCUUCCUUUCCUGUCUGCUUUCCUGGGUCUUCAUGCAUGAUGGAGCCCUUUGAAUAGCAGUGAACACCGCUGAGACUGUUUUACCACCUCUAGAACAGGCCCCAUGUACCUGUGUAUUCAGCUGCCUUAUUAUGGUACAUAUCAAAUAUGAAUCAUUUCAGAGCCGCCAUGGAAAAGGCUGGCGGCUACCUUUUUAUUUCAUUGACCUUUUACUAACUUUCAAUAAAUGUGGAAAUAUGUGAACUGUA